AUGUCACGAGAAGAGCUGUUGGUCUUGCGAAAGACCCUGAAAGACCUGCUGGACAGAGGAUUCAUCCGAGCGAGUAGCUCAGCGGCUGCCGCGCCGGUGCUGUUCCGCGACCGAUACCCACUGCCCCUCAUCGCGGAGACCCUGCAGAAUCUGGCCAAGGCUAAGUGGUUCACCAAGUUUGGGCUCUACGAGUGGCUCGUGUGCCCUUUCGGCCUGAGCGGCGCCCCGGCAUCAUUCCAACGAUACAUGAACAGUGUAUUGCGCGAAUGGCUGGACGACUUUGUCACAGCGUACCUGGAUGAUGUACUGAUCUACUCGAGCGGUUCGAAGGCGGAUCAUGAGGCUAAGGUGCGACGAGUUCUCCAAGCACUCGCCGACGCUGGGCUGCACCUAGACCCAGCGAAGUGCGAGAAAGGAAUCGCCUGCGACCCCGAAAAGCAGCGCGCCAUCCGCGAAUGGGAGGCCCCGACCACGGUGAAGGGUGUCAGAAGCUUUCUGGGCUUCGCCAACUAUUACCGGAUCUUCAUCCCCGACUAUGCCAAGAUCACGCAGUCUCUGGAUGCCCUGCUUAAGAAAGGAACUGCCUUUCAUUGGGGACGAGCGGAGAACGAGGCGUUUCAGGAGCUGAAGCGACGAUUUUGCGAGUCACCGGUGCUCAAGCAGUGGGACCCGAGCCUCCCGACCUUUUUGGAGACGGAUUGCUCAGGCUACGCAUUGGGAGGCGUCCUGUCGCAGGAAGGCCCAGAUGGACGUCGACACGCAUGCGCCUUCUUCUCGAAGCGACUUUCGCCAGCGGAGUACAACUAUCCCAUUCACGACAAGGAGAUGCUUGCCAUCUCGAGAUGUCUCGACAACUGGAACGCCGAACUUAGGAGCUGCGGCCCAUUUACAAUCCUUACCGAUCACCGCAACCUGGAGUUUUUCUGGACACGCCAGAAGCUCACGGAACGGCAGAGCCGUUGGGCAGCCGAAUUGUCCCAGUUCGACUUCAAGCUCGAGUAUCGACCGGGAAGCGAGGCUGUCGUGCCUGAUGCGUUGUCCCGCCGUGAACAAGACAAGCCACAGGGCAUUGACGACGAGCGGGAACAAGGAAGAAUGAUACAGUUGAUACCGGAUAGUGCCAUUCCAUCAUCGACAAGAGCAUGUAUCAACGCGAUGAGUUCUGACUGUUCAGAGGCAUCCACCCUGCCGAAGAUGAAGGUCUUCGAGGUAGCGGACCUGCAGCAACUCUGGGACGAAACGGUGGCGAAGGACUCGAUAUUCCGGGCAGCCUAUAAGGCAGUCCGCGAUCGCGAGCGUGCCUUCCCGCCCUCGCUGGGCCUGAAGAUCCAGAUUUCAGAAUGUGCGAUCGACGCAGGCAAAAGGCUGACAUUCAGAGACCGUAUUUGGGUGCCGGGUGGAUCCGGAGAGGAGGGUAACCAGGAGGAAGCUGAGAAAGACCAGUUGAGAACCCGCAUUGUGCAGCAGUCGCAUGACUCUGUUGCGACCGGUCAUCCCGGCAGGAAGGUACGCUGGCUAUUGUGGCUCGGCGAUUCUACUGGCCUGGGCAGUCCCAGCUGGUUCGCCGGUACGUAG